AUGGCUUCCGAAAUCCCAAAUUGGAGGGUUCGUACUUCUUUGGAUUCAUCUUAUAUUAUUGGAAUGAAUCGUUUGUUGAGAGAAGAUCAUGUUCUACGAAUUUGUGAGACACCUUUCAGGUGGUGUGUGUACCUACAUGAAAAGGUGGACAUAAACUGUGAGUUAAUUAAGGUGAUGUCUGAGUGGUAUGUUGGGGAACGUGUCCGUGACCUGCCCGAAAUCAAAGCUGCAUUUGAGUUGUUUGAUGGAGGGAUAGGUGUACCGCAGUUGCCAAAACGAUGUAGAGUUAAUGAAGCUGUAGAUGAUAGCUCCGAUGAUGGCACCUUUGAAGCAAACCUUGAGGAGACAUUGAAGAAGAAUAAUGAAGAAAUGAUGGCGUUGUCUUCAAGGCUAGUUUUUUUGAAGAAUGAGGUAUGUAAAAUUCGUGAGAUUCCAAUUGUGGAUGAAGAAGGUGUUGGAGGACUUGAUGAAGAACCUUUAGGUGAAGAAGGUGUUGGAGGAGUUGAUGAAGAACCUUUAGGUGAAGAAGGUGUUGGAGGAGUUGAUGAAGAACCUUUAGGUGAAGAAGGUGUUGGGCGAGUUGGUGAAGAACCUUUAGUUGAAGAAGGUGUUGGAGUUGUUGAUGAAGAACCUUUAGGUGGUGAAGAAGGUGUUGGAGGAGUUCAUGAAGAACCUUUAGGUGAAGGUGUUGGAGGAGUUCAUGAAGAACCUUUAGGUGAAGGUGUUGGAGGAGUUCAUCAAGAACCUUUAGGUGGAGCUUCCAAUGAAGAACCUGUGGCUGAAUUUGAACAAGAAGUUCAAAAGGUUAUUAAAAUUGUUGAAAUUGUUGAAUAUGAACAAUCAGAUGCACCGCAACCAAUGGCAAUCGAACCUCUGCGUGCAGUUGCUGGUGAUCCAAGGCCUAACGUCAAUGCUGACCAACUCUACAUCGCCGUUGGCGUAAGGGAUAGACCGCACAGGUAAGUAAUGAUAACUUAGUUUAAUGUAUUGUUUUGGGAAUAGUUGUUUAUUGAAAAGUACAUUUGUUUUU